AUGCCUGCUGAUUUUUCUCGGGAUGUGGAGCUCUCGAGUUUAACUGCCCUAUGUCCAUUGGAUGGUCGUUAUUGGGCUAAAGUCAAGGAAUUGUCUCCAUUUAUGAGUGAGUUUGGUCCGAUUAGGUUUCGAAUUUUAGUCAAGAAUGAUGGAUUUAGCUUGGAUGAUGCCUUGGAAGUUAAGAAUAUUGAGAGAGUGACUGACCAUGAUGUGAAAGCAGUGGAAUAUUUCUCGAAACAAAGAUGCCAUUCACAUCUAGAGAUAGCCAAGGUGCUUGAGUUUUUCCAUUUUGCCUGUACAUCUGAAGACAUCAACAAUCUGGCCCAUACAUUGAUGCUCAUAGAAGUCUCAGAUAAAGUCAUACUACCGGUUAUGGACAAGCUGAUCACAACAAUAUCUAACAUGGCCACUGCAAAUGCUCGCAUUCCAAUGCUUUCUCGAACUCAUGGACAGGAAAUGGCAAUAUUUGCAUACAGGUUAAGUCGAGAAAGGAAAAAUAUAUCUCAAAUUGAGAUUUUAGGGAAGUUUGCUGGCGCAGUUGGAAACUACAAUGCACAUCUAGCUGCUUAUCCUGACAUUAACUGGUUGCAAAUUGCAGAGGAGUUUGUGACAUCUCUUGGAAUAAGUUUCAAUCCCUAUGUGCCUCAGUUAUAUUUGAUUGAACCUCAUGAUUAUAUGGCCAAACUUUUCCAUUCCAUCAUCCCGUUCUACAGCAUUUUAGUGGACUUCGACAGAGACAUGGGGAUAUAUUUCUUUGGGUUACUUCAAGCAGGUGAGCGCAUUCAUUCAUUUGUGCUGUUAUUUUUUAAGGGCGUGAUACUUGACAUGCUAACUCUGAAGCAGAUAACUAAGGCUGGCAAGAUUGGAUCUUCGACAAUGCUUCACAAAGUUAAUCCAAUUGAUUUUGAAAAUAGUGAGGGCAAUCUUGGGAUGGCUAAUGGAGGCUUGUAUCAUUUGAGCACAAAAUUACCUAUUUCGCGAUGGCAGCUGGGAUAUGGUGUCCCAGAGCCUUAUGAGAAAUUGAAGGAACUAACAAGAGGAAGAGCUGUAACCAAAGAAAACAUAAUAGAAUUCAUUGAAGGGUUGGAAAUACCAUUUGUGGCAAAGAAAGGACUCUGUUUGAAAACCUAUAUGGCAUGCGUUAUGGAAAAAACUGGACCUUACAAUGGAAGAGUUUUUUCCUCCCAUGCCAAAAAGGUUCAGCAUUAA